AUGUCGCCCUACAUACCGGAGUACUUAAAAUGCCCCAAAAACCUUUGGGGCCCCGAGUACCAAAGGUUACCGAAUGAACGUGGCUGCUACCUGAACAUGUUGCGUGCGAUCGUGUCGCGGCUGCCGCUUCGAAUGAAUUCUACUGUGCAAGCUACACCAAAACCAGCCUCUGACAUUCGAAAGUACACCCAAAGCUGGCCAAAGAAACGAUUGCAGCAUCAAACAAAAGUCCCGCAGCAGCCACAUCGCGUAGAGGCAAGUGUCGGGAAAGCAGAAACAUCAUCCAUAACUAUUAGCCGGCAAACAGUUCAGCUACUGGAACGAUUGUCUCUCGUCAAUCUCGAUAGCAGCGAGGCUUUGGGAACGUUGCAGGACUCGAUCGAAUUCGCAUCUCGUAUUCUACCCAUCGAUACGAACGGUGUGGAACCGUUGUACUGUGUGCUGGAGCAGGAAAAGCUAACACUGCGCCCGGAUACGGUCGAUGACGGGAACCUGCAGGCCGAAGUAUUGCAAAACGCCACCCUGGUGGAGGAAGAAUAUUUUGUAGCACCGCCCGGAAACAUUCCGCUCGAACACACCGAACGAUCGUAA